AUGUACCGCUGGAGGUUCGUGGAAGUUUGCGGGCCUGUGAGCGACGUUGAUAUUACCAAGUAUCCGUAUGAGUUAGUGCGCGAGGAUCGCCUACCGGAUGUAGUGGAAUGCAGGGAGGAACUGCAGACCUUGCUAGAGCAAUGGCAGCACCAGUGGAUUCCUUCAACUCCGUAUCAACCACGCCAGCGGGAUCAAGCAGCUAACAACCAAGAGGUUUUUCUGGAUUGCUUCGGCAGCAGCUACAUGGACUCGACCGCGAGAGCUCUCAAUGGAAUCACAGUGGAAGGCUCAUUGACAAUCGAGGCCGCCUUCGGGCGAAACUUGUAUGGCCUCCGCACGUUGAAACCCAACCAGACGUACCAACUUGACCGAUUGCGCGCUGUACGCUACCCUCGCGAUCUCCAGUCCAGUUGGUCGAAUGUGUGCGACGAUGGCGCCCCGACCGUGUAUGCACUCAUUGAGGAGCUGAACCGCGCGGAUGCUGCAAACCUCGAACCUACGAGGCUGAAGCUGACCAUGCGCUGCUGCCUUAAGUCCAGAGGAGGACCUCAAUUCGCCAAGCUCACCUACUUUCGCGAAGAUGACAAGUGGGUUUUCGCAGAGGUGCGGGCGCUAUCGGACGUGCACCUGAGUCACGAUAUUUCUCUGGACAACAACACGAGUUUCCGCGUCAAGGUGAUCGCCGAGCUGUUCGAGCCCAGAAAGGCUUGGUGGGGGUCCAUCAAAGAUUUCGUGCUGCUUGACGAGCCGGUUGGCGAUCCGUUCAAGACGGAAGUGAACCUGGUCGGUUGCUCCGACAGAGACCUGACAGUUGAGUUUGUUACCGUCAAAUGGGUAUCGAGGACGGUGAACUUCCGUGGAUUGGGCUUCCAGAAAUCGAUUAAAGAGGAAUCCACGUUGCUUCGAGCGCUCCCGCCACUGUCAAUGCUGACAGGCAAACAACCAGGUGAGACGUUCCAGUUUCUGGUUUCGAGACUGGUUGAAAUCCUGGACGAGUUGUCUGAGGGGCGUGAACCGCUGCAAGACUGGUAA